AUGCCGCCCGCCGCGGAGAAGCGCGAGGGGGCCCCGGCCCUGGCGCCCGCAGGCCGCGUUCCGGGCCGGCUGCCGGGCCUGCCGUCGCCGGCGCUGUGCUGCGCCUGCGGGCUGUGCGUGCUGCUGGCGGGCGUGAACGUGACGCUGGUGGGCGCCUUCGCCUCCUUCCUGCCCGGACACAACGCGCCGCUCGUCGUGGGGCCGGCGCUGCUCGUGCUGGCGCUCGGCUUCUUCGCGGCCUGCUGCGUGGGUAGCCGGGGCCCCGCGCCUCGCGCGCGCUCCUCGGCGGCGGGCCAGGGCCAGGGCGGCGGCCGCGCCGGGCCGGUGGCGCUGGAGAUGGAGAGCAGCGAGCGCACGGCGCAGGACACCACGGCCGUGCAGCUCAGCCCCGCCGUCUCGGCCGCGUCCUCCGGCCGCUCCAGCCCGGGCCCCGGCGCCUUCGCCCUGGACGCCCCCGCGGCCCUCUGCGCGCUGCGCACGGAGGGGCUGCCGCCCAACCUGUCCCGGGAGCGGGCCGCCCCCUAG